AUGCCAUCGCUACUUUAUAGAGAAACUUCAAGCGACGAGGACCAGUACGACGGGCAGACAAUACUUUCGUCCCAUGCUUCUGGAGCAUACAUACCACCACCUGAAGCAUCUCAGGAGCAGUGGGCCAUUUCGCCGCACCCUGGCCUUGUAGCCGAUAGUAUAUUUUCCAUGUCAACUGGAUGUACGGAUAGUAUAUCUUAUCGACAUAUCGAGGAGGCACGGGCAAGUCGUGAUAUAUCUUCUAAACCUGCUGCUUCCAGGGACGGUAAUGUGGCUGCAUACAGCAAGAAUGGAACCGAACACUUACUCUCAAUUGUGGAACCCCCAAGAAAGCUGCUCCCAGUACCACCUGCGCCACUCAAAGCUGCCUAUUCUGACGUUUCUGACUGCGAUUACGAAGCAGAGGACUAUUUGCCAGGAAAUUUCGUGUGCAAGCUAUGCAGUGACGUAAUUGUCGGUGCCUUGUCACUCAAUUGCGGUUGCGCAUCAUCGACUGUAUGUUCGCUUUGCUGGGAAACGAGGGAUCCGGAAACGUUCAAAUCGAAAGAGGCUGUGGAUAAGCUAGGGUAUGUGAUAGUGCAGGAUGGCAAACGAUCCCUGCCAUCGUGUCCAUCUUGUACAGAUAAAAUUGAAUCCAAAAUAAAUUGUCACGCUCUGGACGUGGCGAUUUUCCAGAUUGUGCUGAACUUGCCAGGGAUAGAUGACAAAGUCAGAAGCUUGAAAAAUGCUUACUUUUCUAGGCUCGAAGGCUGGAGAAAUAUCGUCAUCGAACGUAACGAAAACAUAAAACGCCAAGAAGAAAUGCUGCGAGACGAACUAUUGGCCAGGCUUCUUCAAGAAGAGGAAGAACUAUUUUAUGGUGGACAGCAAGUCCAAGAAAAAGCAGUUGCCAGAGAGCAAUAUAAUGGUCUUCUAUUCUGGAGUCAAGCAGCCUUGGCAGUGGUUGUUGCAACACUAGCCUCGAUUGGUUUGAAGGCAGUUGCAAGACGGUGA